CAUCAAACUAAAUACUCAGGAGGCAUAACACCGGAUAUAUGUAAAUAAUAUCUUCGAAACAUAUUUAUUUAAUACAAAUAGUUAAGAUAUUAUAUUUUUUUACGAGUGGUGAAAAUCACGUGAAUUGUCUCAAAAUUAUAUGCUGAAAAAUGUUUGACUAGAAAUUUGCACUGAAACUUUAAAUUAAAGAUGUGUGUGAAAAAAAUAAUUGAUUUUAGCCCUCCUACCAUCUCCGUCUUAAUUACCCUCCUAAUACUCUCCACUUAUAAAGCCACAGGUCAAGUGCCCCCAAAAAUUUACACAGAUCCUUUGCUAUCGAUCUCAAACGUUGAAGAACUCUCUUCCCUGGAUAAUCACUCUUGGGAAACAGUCAGAUUACAUUGUGCCGCAAAUGGGGACCUACCCAUGACAUAUUCAUGGAAGAAAGACGGAGUUUUAAUGCCACAAUUAGAAGGCAGCAAUGAAAAUCUAACAAUCCAACUAAAAUCCGCCAAAGGAAUAUAUCAAUGCCUUGCUACAAAUCAGUGGGGAGUUUCAAAAAGUCAAAGUCAAACGGUACACGAGAUUAAAGAUGAAACAUUUGCAUUUCCCGAUCUGCACGGUUCUAAAUUAUGGGGAAAAUUGUCAUGUCCUAGUGAAGGUUUUAGAGGAAUUCAGUGGGUUGAUCUCAAAGAGUCGCUCCCACCCACGUACAAAUUUUGGGCCGUACAAACUGUUAAUAAAUUUGGGAAACACGCACCAAGACACAUAGUUGGACCAGACGGAAGCUUGUACAUCCUACACUUCAUAAAGGAUGACUUCAUAGAAGAUCAUCCUCUCCUAAAGUAUUUUUGUGUAGCACCUUUACAACAUUACACAUAUAAAAACGAGCCCUUGUACAUUACGAUGGACACACAAUAUCUGACACCACCAAUACAAGUUCCUGGUCUUGAUCAAUGGAGAGAUUUUCCUCCCGUACUUCUCUUUGAUAACUCUGGAGAUGUCAUUGCGUUCGAAGGAGAAGAAGCAACUUUGUGGUGCAUUGCGGCUGGAAAACCAAUUCCAAAAGUAGACUGGACAUUUGAUUCUGAACUGAUAGCAAAUUCUACCAUGACCUUUGUCAUCAAUAACGUAACAAAGUCGCACAGUGGUUCGUACCAAUGCCUCAUUUCUCAGCUUGGAAGCAACUCUUUUAUUCUAAAGAGCUUCCAUCUUGUAGUGAAAUCUCGCCCCCGUUUUACAACUCGACCCACCGAUCAAAACGUGCAAAUCGGCAGUGAUUUUGUUUUGAAUUGUAAUGGAAAUGGAGAACCAAUGCCAUUCAUUACUUGGACAUUUAACGGCGAAGAAUUGAAUGAAACCAAAGGGGGACACGUUAUUAGAUUUUCUGUGCUAAAUAAUGGGAAAAGCUUGAAAAUUUAUAACUUCUCAACCGACUUGGUGGGUCAGUAUGGAUGUAGUAUUUUCAAUGAGUACGGAUCUAAAUAUGCCGAAGCUACUGUUACGCGUGAGCUUGCACGCGAGUUAUUAAAUUAUAAAGAUGGUACUUCGUCCAACUUUGGAUUAUAUAUUUUCCUCACAAUUGCCACCGUCUCAAUUAUGAUGGCUCUUCUAAUUAUGACACAUUUUGUCAGAAAACGCUUUCACAAAGGGAACCAGCCUCAAAAUGUUUACACAAUGGUUUCGCCUAACGACCCAAGUGUAGAAUGUAACGCUGCAACUUUGUCUGAAGGAGUGAUUGUUGAUGACUUGGUUGACGAAGAUGGUUAUAUGCGACCUAAUCAUGUCGUCCCAAGAUCUAAUUUGUUAAUACGACAACACAUAGGUCGUGUCCAGGCCGUCAAUUUUCCAUAUAUUGGGCAAGUUGGCAAUAACGAGAGAGAAAGUCAUAUAUACGCAGAGGCUUUGCCAGAUUUAGAUGACGAGGGUGCCCAUGAUCAUGAAUAUGACUCGUUGCAUCAAGGUCGGAGACCUAACGCUGCGUAUACAACAUUACAAGACAUCCAAUCAAAACGCUCCAAAUAAUAAUGUACAAAUUUUUAUAUACAAACUUAAAUUUUUUUAAUUUGAUAACCUCCAGUAUACAGAUGCGUAUAAGAAAUCCUUUGAUACCACUGGUAACAUGGAGCUAAACUCAACAUUUUACAAUUUACUAAUCUAAACAAAUGCUCCUCUAUCUAUGUAUAUAUUUAUGUAAUCCAUACCUAAAUAAAUUGAGUACGUGCCCAAGUGCUAAUUAACACUUAUAUUAUCUAAGUACUUAUAUGCAGUGUGGCUUUAGUAAUUUAUAGAAAUAAAUGUUUUUUGAAUUACCAUAUUGUAUAAUUUUCAGCUUGCUGAGACGUGUAUGUACCAAGAAUUCGGAGCUAAUGUACAUCUGUAGAAUAUGCUGGAAUGGUUUGGUGGUUACAUUAUUUAGAGGUUCCAAGACACAAACAAUUAAAGCUUGGAAAUUUAGUAGUAACUUGGAAAUUAACCUAAAUAAGUAGUUUUAAUUGCAACGUAUUAACAGACACGUUGAAAAUUAGUCAUCCAUAGCAUUGGGCUAACAGAUUGUUCAAUUUCUCAAUUACUUUUUCCCAAAGUUAAUUUCACCGCAGAACGAAAAUUUGUGGUCUUGAUCGGUAUAAAACCCGACACAUUAACGGGUUAAAGUAGCAGAAUACAUUUUCAAUACAAGUAUCUUCAAAGUUCCUGAAGAAACAUAAUGAUCGUAACACUCUUGUUCGUAUUGGCAGUUGCCGGAGGCACAUUUGGCGAAGUUCAGGUGGAAAUUGAUUUCUCCCAAGCUGUCAAGUAUGAGGCUUGCGUUCCCAAACUGCGAGAUGCCAUCGUCGACUAUUAUACCAAAAUAUCCGAGUACCUCACUUACAAUGGUUACACUCCACCCCAAAAGUUGAAAAUAGUCCUCGUCUGUGCCACCAAGAAUAAUGGGAGGACCAGCGUGAGUAGCGCUAACAACGAGUACGUCGCCGAAUUUGGCGACGACACGGACACAAUUCCAGAGGGUGUGAGUCAAAUGAUAGUUCAUUCCACAGCCUGGUCGAUUAUGAGCUUCCCCAGCGAUGCGCCGAAAUGGAUGACCCAUUGUCUCACAGACUACGUUCGAUAUUAUCACUACGAACCCACCGACCGUCCCAGCAAGCCUAGAAAUGAUCCUGGUGCGGAAAUGAUCCAAGAACGUAGCAUCAGCGGAGUGCGCGUACUGGCUGAACUAUGUCGUCACAGCCUACUCAAGUAAACCGGACGUGGCUCAAAAGAUUUUCAAAAUUACGAGGGAAGGAAAGUACAAGGAUGACGUGUGGAAGCAGAUUACUGGCAAAGAUGGCAAAAAACUUUGGGAUGAGAUGCAGGCCAAGGGGAGGUAGAUCAUUUUGAGUGAUUUUAAAUCAUCAUAACAUAACAGCACAUCUUUCGUGCGAGUACAUUUUGGAUUGUCAAGUUGAAAUAUUUAUUCAAAACAAUUUAGAAAUUGGUAAUAAAUCAAGAAUUUAAAUUCGUGAAAA